GUCAACCCGGAUGGAGGUGUUUUCAUUGUUCAUCUGGUUUUUCUCUGUUUUCUGUUUAGGCGACGCUGUGACAGCAACGCUUUAUCGGGAUUCAGACGGAAAAUUUGUUGUACAAGAGGUACUGGACAAGCAGAAGGGAAUUGCCUAUGGCUCAUUUGUUGAUGAAAUUAACAAGACUGGUUGGUCACAGCUGGACAUAAGGUCUGGCUAUGGUUUACCUGUUGAUGAUGAAGUUGUCAUGUAUGCCGCUGGUUACUUGGAAGGCGCAUUCACAGCAAGAAUGAUUCCACAAUGUCAACACAAUCUGAGGUCAAUAAUGAUGGAAGUUAUUAAGACGGACGAGAAUUUAGCAAAAGUUGAGAAAUUUCUUCAGCAGCAGUUUGAUUGGAUGAAAUCGAUGAUUAUGGGCAACAAGAAAGAUCCUUUUUGGAGACACAUUCACCUUAUUUACCAGCAGUUUAUGGGUCUAUUUGAUGGCUAUAAUGCUUUUUCUCCAACUGGCAAGCAAGCCACUGAAUUGGAGUUUCUAUUAUUCAAUGCUUAUCCAAAUACACCAGAUAUACUGGCAGCUGUUGUGCCAGAAAUGGCCCCAAAGUGGGAUGAAAUGACAAUAGAAGAGAUCAGACGCAAAUCGGCAUUGUUGGGUCAUUGUUCAGCAUUGGUGAAAGUUACUCCUGGAUAUGAAGAUGUCUUGAUUGGCCACACAACGUGGACAGGAUAUCCUUCAAUGCUAAGAAUCUUCAAACAUUACAGCUUCAAUCUUCAAGAGCCAACAACCGGCUCGCAAACGUUGUCAUUUUCCAGCUAUCCUGGAGUCUUAGUUUCUAUUGAUGAUUAUUACAUUAUGGGAAGAGGAAUGGUUAUGAUGGAGACGACUAAUGAUGUGUAUGAUAAUCGUUUGUUUAAGCUGGUAAAGCCAGAGUCGCUGUUGACAUGGCAACGAGUUCGAGUUGCUUGCCAGAUGGCUCAUGAUGCCAUGGAGUGGACGGACGCGUUCACUCGCUAUAAUUCUGGAACGUAUAAUAAUCAGUAUAUGAUUGUUGAUCUCAACAAGAUCAAAGUAAAAGAUUCCAUUGGAGACAACGCUCUUAGAAUUGCUGAACAAACUCCAGGCUUAGUUGUGUCAACAGAUGUAACACCCGUCCUUCGUGCAGGAUACUUCGCUUCAUACAAUGUACCAUUCUCUGAAGAGAUUUACAAUAGAAGUGGAUAUCCAGCAUUUGUAGCAAAACAUGGUCCUGAGUUCUCGUAUUCAUUGGCUCCUCGAGCCAAAAUAUUUCGAAGGGACCAAAGCAAAGUUGUUGAUAUUGAAUCAUUAAAGCACUUGAUUCGUUAUAACAAUUACAAGAAUGAGGAAUAUGCUGAUCAGGAUCCGUGUAAUACAAUCUGUUGCCGUGGUGAUCUGAGUGCCACACCAAAUGCGGAUGGCUGCACCGAUGCCAAGGUUACUAACUACUCGUUGGCAUAUUCGAGGAUCACCCACGGCAUCAGUGGACCAACCACAGAGGGUGGUUUGCCUGUAUUCUCAUUCACUGGAGCUUUUAAAGAUGUUGCACAUGAAGGAAUGCCAAUAUAUUGGAACUUUUCCUUUGUGACAUUACAACCAGGUGAACAGCUGAACUGAUGGUCAAUCUGAUGGCAAUGCAAGUCAUCCAUCUCAUUGACUUUGUUAAUUGAUUGUGUUGCAUCGACUGUUGGUUGGAUACGUUGGCGGUUCUGUUCUGUGCAGUUUGUUAAGAUUUCUUUAACAGUUCAAUUCCAAGGUUAACUCAGACUUGCUAGCUGUGUUGGUGAGUAAAA